UUAAACUGUAGAGAUUUCUUUCUUACAUUUCUGCCGGCAUUUCAGCGUUUGUUGUUUUUUUUUCUUGGUUUUGGGUGGGAAUUGAAUGGAAUAUUUUGAGCCAAUUGAGAAGCCACUGGUUUUGCUGGGCUGUGCAUAUUUGUCAUGGAAGAUCAUCAGACAUAUUUGGGGUGUCUUGAAAACGUUUGAGAAAGAACCUGUCACUGUUCUUGUUACUGGUGCUGCAGGUCAAAUUGGGUAUGCUCUUGUGCCAAUGAUUGCCAGAGGAGCCAUGCUAGGGGAUGAUCAGCCUGUGAUUAUACACAUGCUUGAUGUGAACUCUGAGUCCUUGAAUGCAGUCAAAAUGGAGCUGAUUGAUUCAGCUUUCCCCCUUCUCAGAGGCGUGGUGGCAACCACAGACGUCUCCGAGGCCUGCCAAGGCGUUAGCAUCGCGAUCAUGGCGGGUGGGAUCCCGAGAAGAGAAGGUAUGGAAAGGAAAGAUGUCAUGUCCAAAAAUGUCUCCAUUUACAAGUCCCAAGCCUCAGCCUUGCAACAACAUGCUGCUCCUGAUUGUAAGGUUUUGGUUGUGGCGAAUCCAGCAAACACAAAUGCACUGAUUCUGAGAGAAUUUGCCCCUGCAAUUUCUGAGAAAAACAUCACCUGUCUAACAAGGCUAGACCACAACAGAGCCUUAGCCCAGAUUUCAGAGAAGCUGGACAUCCAUGUAAGUGAGGUAAAGAAUGUGAUCAUAUGGGGGAACCAUUCUUCAACUCAGUACCCUGAUGCGAGCCACGCAACUGCAAAAACUGACCGUGGGGAGAAACGCGUUACAGAGCUUUUUGCAGAUGAUAAUAAUAAAUGGCUGCAGUCGGAGUUCAUUGCCAUGGUGCAGCAGCGAGGCGCUGAGAUCAUCAAAGCGCGAAAGCAAUCCAGUGCAUUGUCUGCUGCAAGCGCGGUUUGUGAUCACAUACGCGAUUGGGUUCUUGGAACUCCAAAGGGAACAUGGGUUUCAAUGGGAGUAUAUUCUGAUGGUUCUUAUGGGAUCCCACCUGGUUUAAUGUACUCCUUCCCUGUUACUUGCAAGAAUGGAGAAUGGUCAAUUGUGGAGGGUCUCAAGAUCGAUGGGUUUUCGAGGGAAAAGAUGGAUGCAAGUGCUAGAGAGUUGAUUGAGGAGAAAGUAUUGGCCAAUUCUUGCCUAUAGUGAUGAUAAUGGGAUUGUGUAAACACAAAAUACACAAUUGUACUUUGUUAUAAUUAAGAAAUAUGUUGAUCAAGAUUAUUUACGAGAAUAAGAAUUUGGCAAUGUGACUAUGUUCACGGGGGAAAGCAGGUGUCCGGGUUGCAAACAUAAAAUCUAUAUGCAACUCUAAACAUGUACAUGUACAAAAUUAUCUCAGUACAUAUGAGACA